CCCGGCCGCCGCUGGCCGCCGAACGCGGGGAGCCGCCCGGGGGGGCCGCCGCCUCCGAGAGGUGCCGAGACAUGGGAGAACAGCCCAUCUUCACCACCAGAGCCCAUGUCUUCCAAAUUGACCCCAGCACGAAGAAGAACUGGGUCCCCGCAAGCAAGCAGGCUGUAACUGUUUCCUACUUCUAUGACAGCACGAGAAACAGCUAUCGGAUUAUCAGUGUGGAUGGAGCCAAGGUGAUCAUAAACAGCACAAUCACCCCCAACAUGACCUUCACCAAAACCUCGCAGAAAUUCGGCCAGUGGGCAGACAGCAGAGCCAACACCGUGUUUGGGUUGGGCUUUCCCUCUGAGCAGCAGCUGUCCAAGUUUGCAGAGAAAUUCCAAGAAGUGAAAGAGGCUGCCAAGCUAGCAAGAGACAGAUCUCAAGAGAAAAUUGAGACCUCAAGUAAUCAUUCACAGGAAUCUGGGCGUGAAACACCAUCUUCCACCCGAGCAUCUAGUGUGAAUGGGACAGAUGAUGAGAAGGCAUCCCACGGUGGUUCUGCUGAGGCACAGCUCAAAUCUGAGAAUGAUAAACUAAAAAUUGCUCUAGCCCAAAGUUCCUCCAAUGUAAAGAAGUGGGAGACAGAGCUGCAGACACUGAGGGAGAGCAACGCCCGCCUGACCACAGCGCUGCAGGAGUCGGCUGCCAGCAUAGAGCACUGGAAGAAGCAGUUCUCAGCCUGCAAGGAGGAGAAUGACCAGCUCAGAAGCAAGAUUGAAGAACUGGAGGAGCAGUGCAAUGAAAUAAAUAAGGAGAAGGAAAGAAACGCACAGCUGAGCAGACGUCUCCAGGAGCUGGAAACAGAGCUUCAAGACAAAGAGCUGGAACUGGAAGAGCUUCGAAAGCAGGGUGAAAUUAUACCACAGCUCAUGUCAGAAUGUGAAUCUGUAUCUCAACAAUUACAGGAUGCUGAGAAUAAGAACAAAGAUCUUGAAGAGAAAGUCAGAACACUAAGGACAGAAGUUGAAGAGAGCAAACAUAGGCAGACCAACCUUAAAACUGAAUUAAAGAAUUUUUUAGAUGUACUAGAUGGGAAGAUAGAUGAAUUACACGAUUUCCGACAAGGACUGUCUAAACUUGGAGUUGACAACUAGAUGGCAAUAGAUUUUUGUAAUCUAGGGUCUGGACGUUUGAUGUUUUGUUGACCCCAAUCCAUGUGUUUUACAAAAUAUAACUAGAAUGUUCCACGUG